UUGUGAAAUUCCUUAUAACAGAAGAGAAAAACUAGUGGGGAAGAACAGAGUUAAGACAGGACAGAACAGAACAAAACAGAGCCUUUCCUAUGUUUUCGGCUGUGUUGUGUCCAAAUUUGGUGAUAUUGUGAUGAAAUGAGGUCAUCAUUACCUCUAAAUAUGGCAAAUCAUUUCUGCCAAUCCCAUUCCCAAAUUUUUCUCUCUUUUUGUUACCAACCUAACCUAUCACAACAUGGGUCACGAAGGUCCUCAUCAUCUCACCUCCUCAUCAGCAUCUCUAGGGUCUCCUACAUUCCUUUGGAGCCCUAGGUUUUGCUGUUUUAUGCUAUUCCAAUUUCAGAGCCCCGAUCUGCAGCUACAUGUUCCGCUUAAUUAAGUAUCAUCAUUGAUCACAACCAAUUUCUCUCUCUCUCCCUCUCUGUCUUUUGUUUUCGUUUUUUCGUUGUUGGAUAAUGUGGCUGUGAAAAAUCACAUAUUUGUUUGACGGUAGUAAUCUGGGAAGGAAAAUUUAUGCCCAAAUGUUUUAUCUUUUUGAAAAGGGAAUCUUAGAACAAAAAAUAUACAAAAUUUGAUAACUUUAGCCCCACCGUUUGUUCAUCUUCUACCGAUCAUAAAUGCAAUUUAUGAUUGAUACUUUUGGAGGAUGUACUCUCUUGCUUAUUUCUGUGAUAUUGUGUCGCAAUUAUCAACAUUAUGGAAAAUUGCGGACAAAUAUGGUCCCGUUGCGUUGUGGAGACCUCAAAAACCAUAAUAUCAAAGACUAUGGUUUAAAACCUUUAACAGCCUGAUGUUGCUUAAAACCUAUAUUUUUUGUUAAAUGAUUAGUAUAAUGGCACUUCUAUAUAAUGUUGUUUGAAUUCUAUUUAAUUCUUAGUAUAAUAUGAAAAAAAGAACCGACAAAUACUUGUAAUGCUUCCUUGUUUUCUGAGUUAGUUGAGAAUGAAUAUUAUUUUCCUAUAAGGUUUUGUUGCUUCCAUGAAUACUUGUAAUAUAUAGAGUAGAAUAUGUUCCAUAAAGCUUCAUGAAUGAAUGAUCAAUAAUGGCUUAAAAUAAGUCAAGUUUCUCAACAUUUUUGUUUUAUGUUUGUCUUUCCCAUCAACUAUGAUAAGAAUAGUGUCUCCUUUGAACCAAAUCUCAUCUCUCUUAAUAUUUAUUGUUGACAUUAUCUCACUUCCCUUUUAGACAGUUCACUGUUUUGCUUUUCUUUUUCUUUUUGAUUGUGAUUCUAACCCUUAUCACUAUAUUUUACAACCUUUUGUCAUAGGUUCCUUGUCAGUGUGGAACCUGGCAUAUCAACCUAAUGGGAUUGAAACUUACAAAGCAGGAACCACCCAAAGCUGAGGACCUAAGUAUACAUCAUCACAUGAUUAAUUACCUAACCAAGAAUUUUAUUCGUAACUUGGUAUCUAAGCAACGUAGAAGAAUGCUUAUAGCUGGUUAUGAUCUUGACAUGUCAUAUAUCACCGAUAGAGUAUUAGCAAUGUCAUUUCCUUCUCAACGAAUGCGAGCAAUGUAUCGAAAUCCUCUCUGGCAGGUUAAAUCUGUGUUGGACAUGAGACAUUAUGAGCAUUAUAAGAUCUACAAUCUCUGUAUAGAAGAAAGUUAUGAUCCUGCUCACUUUUAUGGACGUGUGGAAGCAUACCCCUUUGAUGAUAACCAUGUGCCAUCUCUUGAAAUGGUUAGAGAUUUCUGUGAAAGUGUGGAUUCAUGGCUGUCAAGUGACCCAAAAAAUAUUGCUGUUAUUCAUUGCAUGGCAGGAAAAGGUAGAACAGGAUUAAUGGUGUGUGCAUACUUAACUUAUUGCGGCAUGUCAGCAGAUGAGGCUCUUCAACUGUAUGCAGACAGACGAACAACCAAUAAUGAAGGAGUAUCAAUACCAAGUCAAAGACGAUAUGUGGCAUAUUGGGACAGUCUACUUUCAAAUUGUGUCCCAAGACAAACUGGAAAUGGAACACUAAAAGUGAAGUUGCCUCCACCGUCUAGCAGAGAAUUACGGCGUAUCCGGCUUUAUGAUACAGUCAACAUUGACACUAUAUUCUUUGUCAUCUCAGAGCUACAAGAGAUUCCUAAUCAGGUGUAUCGUCCACCAGUGGAAGCUUACCGUAGCAGCUGUAGACAGAUUAAGAAAGGGUAUCAGAGAAACAACAGCCCUCGCUAUUAUAUAUCUGUUCUUGAAGAUGAUAGUGAUGGAAAGCAAUCAGAAACAGAAGAACCUCGAAUUGUAGUUCAAAUGGACACAGAGAGUCCUGUUAUAUACCAGAAGUCAUGUUUGGACCAUUACUUUGAUAAACCUAUACAAGUAAGUGGAGAUGUACGUGUCAUAUUCUAUGAGAAAAUGAUAGGUGGUCGCCUUUUCUACUGCUGUUUUAAUACAGCUUUUAUUAAGAACAGCUUGCUUCAGCUCACAGUACAAGAGUUGGACAAAGUUGGGAAGAAGGGAAGCUCAAUAUGUGGUCCUGACUUCUGCCUAGAAUUAUUGUUUGGUCCUGCUAACACAGGAUAUUCGUCAUCAAAUAUAUCCAAUGAUGAACACUCUAGUGAUGAUUCUUUAUAAUACUAUUUCUAAAAAUCUUUACAUAAUAUGAAAAGUCCAUAUCAAAUUAACUUGUGUAACGUAUUCCUGCAAAAUGAUCCCAACCAUGAGUCCCUCACAGUGCCAUGUAGCAAGUGCAUUCAUUCCUCCAACCGUCUUGCUGUAUAUGUUUUCAUUGGCGAAAGGCAUGGGGAGUAAGUGUAAUUUUUUGUAUUAUGUUAGUCAUUGAGUAGCAUUUGGCUGAAGAUGAGGUUGAGAGCCUUUUAAUGCAAAAUUUCACCAA